UCGUUGUAUGUUGCAUCAGCUACAUUCCAGACAAGAGCAAUAUCAAGAUCUAUAUUAUGAUAAUUUAUCCUAAGCGCAAAUAGCGCGCUGUUGGUCAGUUUGAGCAGCAUUUAGUAAGCUGGGCCUGCUGUUUCAAGAGCUGCAUUGAUGAAUUUAAAAAACGAAUGGUAUGAUCUGGUUUGUCCAACAAGCUUUCAAACUCCGUGAAAGUCAUAACGGGCCCACAUAUUAUACAGGCUACACGCAAUGUGGUGAUUUAACGCCUGACCAUCUUCAGACUCGACGAUGUCGCAACAUGCGAUACUCUCAGCUGGCAAGAAGGCUUGGCGAUCUCUGGCCUGUGCGAGGUCCGAGCUGAGGCUGGACCUCACCCUUGGCUGUGGACAAACCUUCCGCUGGCGGGAGACAGGUGAGAGCCACUGGACUGGAAUUAUGGGGGGACGAGUGUGGACUCUCACUCAGACAGACGAGGCUUUGUGGUACCACACCUACACCAUCCCAGGCCAUGCAGGAGGAGAGGAGGGAGGGAGAAAGAGGAAAGUGGCUUUGCCGGCUCCAGGAUCCAGUAAAUCAGGGAAGAGGUUGAAAGGGGAGGCAACAGAGGUAAAGAAGGAAGAGCAGGACUCCGUUCCUGUGACUCCGGACCAGGAUAGUCACGAGGAGGAGAUGCUAAGAGACUACUUCCAGUUGAAGGUGAAGCUGGGAGAUCUGUACAGGGAGUGGGGAGUAGCAGACCCCCAUUUCAAACACAUCUCUAACAUCUUUACAGGUGUGCGUAUGCUGCGUCAGGAUCCAACCGAGUGUCUGUUCUCCUUCAUCUGCACCUCCAACAACCACAUCUCCCGUAUCCAGGGCAUGGUGGAGAGGCUGUGUCAGUCCCUGGGCACCCCGCUGUGCCAGCUGGACCAAACCACCUACCACGACUUCCCCUCGCUUCAAGCCCUCUCAGACAGCAGUGUAGAGGCGUGUCUGAGGGAUCUAGGUUUUGGCUAUCGGGCCCGGUACCUGCAGCAGAGUGCCCAGCAGAUUCUGCACACACACGGGCCCCAGUGGCUUGAGAGUCUUCGUAGGGCUCCGUACGUGCAGGCCCGUGACGCACUGCGCACUCUGCCUGGGGUCGGCCUCAAGGUGGCAGACUGUGUGUGUCUGAUGUCCCUGGACAAGGCAUGUGCCGUGCCGGUGGACACACACGUGUGGCAAAUCGCAAAGCGGGACUACAACUGUGCUGCUGGCAGUGGGCAGAAGAGCCUCACCGACAAGGUCCACCGUGACAUUGGGGAUUUUUUCAGGCAGCUAUGGGGUCCUUAUGCUGGUUGGGCGCAUUCAGUUUUGUUCUGCGCAGAUCUCAAAAAGUUCCAGAAGCUGAAAGAAGUGCCUUUUCUGAAGCAGGAGGAUGAGGAGGUCAAGGUAAAGACUAAGAUGAAGAGAUCUGAUAUUGGAAAAAACAAGAAAACCAGGAUAAAUUGUGACAGAAAAGUAAAAAAUAAGAUACUGGUAAAGAAGGAGGAGGCAGAUAAGUGAGGUCAGCAGAGUUGAGGGGUUCAAGUUGAUCUGUGUUGAUACAAGGGCUGGUUUCUCUGCCACGCUCUGAGCAUUACUUCUGAACAGCAGGGCUGUGGGAUGGACAGCCUUUGUUCUCUUUCUCAGCCCUGCUCACCCAGAAACUGUUGAGAUUAAAGGUUACUUUAAAUGUGCAGAUGAAAUCUAAAUAGCUCCUGACCACUAUGUUGCACAACAUAAAUUAGGAGACAACAUAAGUUCCAAAUCACUACAAGAUUGUCUUAUUUGUUGAGAAAAUUGCAAAUCUGUAUUAGAUAUGAAUUGAUAUGUAAUGGAUUACAUAGCAUUGCGUUUUUACUUUUUACAUAUAAUGUUUACAAUGAAAAUAAAAACAUAUGUACCAAUGUC